GCGCGAGCGUCCUCUCAACUCACUCUGCCGAUGCCCCAGUGACACUGACGCGAGAAGAAGGAAAGAUGUCCUACAGAAGCAGCCAGUCCUCCUACAGGAAGAUGUUCGGCGGGGAGCGCGUCACGCUGAGGAGCAGCUACUCCAGCCGCCAGUCCUCCGCUCCGGUGCGCGCCUCCGCCCGGCUCUCCUACGGGCUCUCCUCCGCGCCCGGCAGCGUGUACGCGGCGAAGAGCCAGCGGCUCCGCAGCAGCGCCCCCAUGCCUCGGCUGGCCUCCGAGAGCCUGGACUUCUCCCUGUCCGAGGCCAUCAACAGCGAGUUCAUCUCCAACCGCACCAACGAGAAGGCGCAGAUGCAGUCGCUCAACGACCGCUUCGCCAGCUACAUCGAGAAGGUUCGGUUCCUGGAGCAGCAGAACAAGAUCCUGCUGGCCGAGCUGGAGCAGCUGCGCGGGAAGGGCACCAGCCGGGUCGGGGACCUGUACGAGGACGAGAUGCGCGAGCUGCGGAGGCAGGUGGACCAGCUGACCAACGAGAAGGCCCGAGUGGAGGUGCACAGAGACAACCUGGCCGACGACAUCGAGCGGCUGCGAGAGAAGCUGCAGGAUGAGAUCACCCAGAGGGAGGAGGCUGAGGCUAACAUGCAGAGCUUCAGACAGGAUGUGGACAACGCCGCCCUGGCCCGACUGGACCUGGAACGGAAGGUGGAGUCUCUCCAGGAGGAAAUCAUCUUCCUCAAGAAGCUGCAUGAUGAGGAACUGCUGGAGAUGCAGAACCAGGCCCAGCAGCAGCACUUGCAGGUGGACAUGGAGGUGGCGAAGCCGGACCUGACCGCGGCUCUGAGGGACGUUCGUCUGCAGUACGAAAACCUGGCCUCCAAAAACAUUCAGGAGUCCGAGGAGUGGUACAAAUCCAAGUUUGCUGACCUGACUGAAGCGGCUGCUCGCAACAAUGACGCCCUGAGGGUGGCCAAGCAGGAGGCCAACGACUACCGACGCCAGGUCCAGGCCCUGACCUGUGAGGUGGACGCUCUGAAAGGGACGAAUGAGUCCAUGGAGAGGCAGCUGAGAGAGAUGGAGGAGAACUUCUCCCUGGAGAGCAACGGUUACCAAGACACCAUUGGCCGCCUGGAGGGGGACAUCCACAACAUGAAAGACGAGAUGGCCCGUCACCUGCGCGAGUACCAGGACCUCCUGAAUGUGAAAAUGGCUCUGGACAUUGAGAUCGCCACCUACAGGAAGCUGCUGGAAGGAGAGGAGAGCAGAAUCUCCACCCCGAUGCCAAACUUCUCAUCUCUUAAUCUGAGAGAUGCCCUCACUGAAAGCAAGCCUCAGAUCGAGUCCACCAGCACCACCAAGAAGGUGGUCAUCAAGACCAUCGAGACCAGAGACGGUCAGGUGGUCAACGAGUCAACCCAAAACCACGAGGACUUUGAGUGAAAACUGCCUGACUGUACUGCACAACAAAGCAACAUGAAGAUCUACACCAAGCAAAUCAGCCCUCACUCGCGUAGCUUCUCAAGUGCCUUUCCGCUGUACGUGGCCAGCGUGUUUGAUUGUCUCUCACUUCCUUCUUCUCCUCUGACUCUUAGAAACAGGAAUGAAAGCAGCACAGUGCAAGAGCUGGCACACAAAUCCUCCAUAGCCAGGGUAGUAUUUUUCACAAGCACGUGCACUCGCAGGGUUUCUGCUCAGGCUCGCCACCGUUGCCUGAACCGAGCAAUAAACUAGCACCCAGGACAAGGUGGGGAGGGUUUAUCAUGACGGCAGUAGUUUCAGGUGCAUGAAAACACCAGCAUUUGCCAGAGAAUAAAAACAUUCA